UUUUAGAUGUUGCCGAUGUUUAGAUCUACCGCAUCGACAGGCGACGAGUCGAGAUCACGUGUCUCACCCAGCCGGUGGGCCCCCUCUCCUCCCUCUGCCUUCACUGCAAAGCCUGCGCACAAGCGAACAAGCUGCAAGUACCCCUCUCUCUCUCUCAACGCGCCACCAAAUCCACAGCACAGGAAGAGGAAGAAGCGGAAGCCCAUAAAAAGUGUCUUGAGAGGUCCCCCCACCCCGGCCCUCGGCGUCGCCAUGGAUCGUGCCACCCUCGGCGGCGUUACGGCGCUCCUCCUCCUCAUCGUCUCCGCCGCUGCGGCCGCCUCAGAAUCUUCGCCUGCAUUGCGCGAAUCCGUCGCCACAUUGCCUGUGGCGGCCUCUGGCGGACAGAUCAAUUCCAACUCGGUGCUCGUCGCCCUCCUCGACUCCCACUACACUGAGUUGGCGGAGCUGGUGGAGAAGGCCCUUCUUCUCCCCUCGCUGGAGGCCGCCGUCGGCCGCCACAACGUCACCAUCUUCGCCCCCCGUAACGAGGCCCUCGAGCGCGACCUCGACCCCGAGUUCAAGCGCUUCCUUCUCGAGCCUGGCAACCUGCGCUCCCUCCAGACCCUGCUCCUCUACCACGUCGUUCCCUCCCGCGUCGCCUCCGACUCCUGGCCCCAGUCUCGCCGCCCCACCCUCGCCGGCGACCACGUCCAACUCUCAUCAUCUUCCUCUGCUGGCGCCGCGGUUGACCGGAAGGUCGGCCUCGCGGCUGUGGUCCACCCGGACGCGGUGGUGCGCCCGGACGGUGUGAUCCACGGCAUCGAGCGCCUGCUCGUGCCCCGGUCCGUGCAGGAGGACUUCAACCGCCGGCGUAGCCUCGCCGCGAUCUCCGCGGUGCUCCCUACCGGUGCGCCGGAGGUGGACCCGCGGACGCACCGCCUCAAGAAGCCGGCGCCGCCCGUCCCGGCCGGCGCCCCUCCCGUGCUCCCGAUCUACGACGCCAUGGCCCCCGGGCCGUCGCUGGCCCCUGCCCCCGCGCCAGGGCCCGGCUCCGGCAAGCAUUGGUUCGACGGCGAGAGCCAGGUGAAGGACUUCAUCCAGACCCUGCUCCUCUACGGCGGCUACAACGAGUUCGCGGACAUCCUGGUGAACCUGACGUCGCUGGCGACGGAGAUGGGGCGGCUUGUUUCGGAGGGCUACGUGCUGACGGUGCUGGCGCCCAACGACGACGCGAUGGCGCGGCUGACCGCGGACCAGCUGAGCGAGCCCGGGGCGCCGGAGGCCAUCAUGUACUACCACCUGAUCCCCGAGUACCAGACGGAGGAGAGCAUGUACAACGCGGUCCGGCGGUUCGGGAAGGUCCGGUACGACACGCUGCGGCUGCCGCACAAGGUGAUGGCGCGGGAGGCCGACGGCUCCGUCAAGUUCGGCGCCGGCGAGGGCUCCGCCUACCUGUUCGACCCGGACAUCUACACCGACGGCCGGAUCUCCGUGCAGGGUAUGGACGCCGUCCUCUUCCCUCCAGAUGAGGAGGCGCCCCCCGCCUCCCCCCUCCCCCCCGCCGCCCACAAGGCCGAGGUCGCCCAGGUCAAGGCCAAAGCCAAGCUCAAAGCCAAGCUCAGGAGAGGGAAAUUGUUAGAAAUUGGGUGCAAUCUGCUCGGGGCGUUUGGUCAGCGUUCUCACUUUGCCACCUGCCAAUAAGAGAGAAAACAUUAGAACAAAAAGCCAAAGGUAAAAGCAAGAGAGAGAGAGAGAGAGAGAGAGAGAGAGAGAGAGAUGUAUAUGCCCCCUCUAUUCUUUACCUAAUAAUAAUAACGAUGAUGCUGCAGGGAGGGGAUGAACUGAGUGUAUGCAGUGUUGAUACCAGUGAUUACUGAGGUGUAUGAACAUGUAUAGGCAAUGCUUCUUUUUUGCCCUUUGUUGUUGUCA